UCUCUCUCCGUCUCUCUCUCUCUCUCAGUCCUGUCCAGAGCUCAACAGAUGUAAGCAGCCCUGUCUUCUCUAACCUCUCAGCUCAAAUAUGGGACACUUCAAAACACCAGUAUUGAUCGUCUCCUGCUUAUUGUUUACGUGUUACGAAGCUGAAAAAUUAAAAACCAGAGGCCUGCGCCAGAAGGAUGUUGACUACAUGGAGAAAUAUUCCAGCUGCCACCAGGGUCCAGCAGGCACCCCAGGAAGGGAAGGAAAUCCAGGGGUGAACGGAAUUCCAGGUACUCCCGGUCUGCCGGGCCGGGAUGGUGCAAAAGGAGAGAAGGGUGAAUGCGUGACGGAGAGGUUUGAAGAGCCGUGGAAACCCAACUACAAGCAGUGUGCCUGGAACGCUCUGAACUACGGCAUUGACCUGGGCAAAAUUACAGAGUGUACGUUCACUAAGCAGCAUGCAGACAGUGCUCUCCGUGUGCUGUUCAGCGGCUCACUCAGGCUGAAGUGUAAGACAGCUUGUUGCCAGCGCUGGUACUUCACUUUUAAUGGGGCAGAAUGUGCCGCUCCGCUGCCUAUAGAGUCCAUCAUUUACCUGGACCAGGGAAGUCCAGAAUUCAACUCCACCAUCAACAUACACAGAACCACGUCAGUUGAAGGUUUGUGUGAAGGAGUGCGGAAAGGCCUGGUGGACGUUGCCGUCUGGGUGGGAACCUGCGGAGACUAUCCGCACGGAGACGCUUCCACCGGCUGGAAUUCUGUUUCCAGCGUGAUCAUAGAAGAGCUUCCUCAGAACAGCUGAGUCCAGAAACGUCCGAGCACUUGCUGUCCUGCGACUUUUUUUCAGCUUUGAGGAUGCUUUGUACUACACUCUUAGAAAGGUUCUUUAUCGGCAUUGAUGGUUCCGUGAAGGACAUUUAACAUUCAUGGAACCUUUAAAUUCCACUAAAUGUUCCAAAAUGGUGUUUUUUUUCACAGUGAUGCCAUAGAAGAACAGUUUUGGUUCCUCGAAAAAACACUUCGGCCUUUGGUCAUCUUUCAAAAGAACCAUUUUUUGGAACGUUGUAAUCAUCUAAAGCAAAAAUAGCUGUCUUUGUCUGUUUGGUUCAGAAUGUCAUCAGCAGCGCUAUUUUACUCUUAGUAUUACAGUUUAAAGUGAACAACGUGUCAAAACAACAGAUCUAUACACAUCGCAAGCGCUCAGGUCAAUCGUGAUGACCUUUCAGAACCAAACAUGCUUCACUCAAACCCUUUUCAAGAGACUUAAAUCACUACAAGAGAUACAGGUGACGUAGUUAUACUACACUCUUCAAAAUGAAGGAUCUUUACUGGAACCAGUGGUUUCACAAAGAACCUUUUUAUAGAUUUUUAAAAUGUUCUUCACAAUCAGAAAGAAUAAUUCUGUUAAGAAGUGUUUACUGAAAGGUUCUUUUUAACCAUUAUUUUUAAUAGUGUACACUAGCAGGAACACAGUGAGCAGCAAAAUAUAUGGGUAUAUAAUUAAAUAUAAUUAUAAUACCAAUAAUUAUUUGUUAAAUAAUUAUUUUUAAAUACAAAUAUAUUUAUUUGUAUUCACAUGCAAUUGGGCUCAACAGUUAAUGUAUGUAUAUAUAUAUAUAUAUAUAUAUAUAUAUAUAUAUAUGUAUAUAUAUAUGUGUGUAUGUAUGUAUGUAUAUAUAUAUAUAUAUAUAUAUAUAUACAGUAUAUAUAUAAAUUCCUUGAAUUACAGAAUUACUGUUGACUAUUAAUGUCGACUUAUUAUUAUUAUUAAACUAAAAAAAACACUUUUGUGGAAUUAAAAGGUUCACUGGAUGAUAAUGCUUCUUCAUGAAAGCAUCGAUGCCAAAAAAAAAAAAACUUUAUUUCUAAGAGUGGACAAAAGUUUCUAUAUAUUAUUAAACGUGUGCUAAAUUAAGGAAAAAAUGCUUUUAAGAACCAAUCACUAAAAGGUUCUUUGGUGAGCCAAAAACCGUUCUUCUGUACCAUUGCAGGAAAAAAAAGACUAUUGGAACCUUCACUUCCUUCCAGCCUUGAUUUAUCUGUGUGCAGAUGUCACUUGUUUUAAUAUUUUGUGAUACUGAAGUACAUUUAAGUAACAGCUCUGUCUCUCUCUUGACGUCUACCUCUAAAAACAAGGCCCAAAACAGUCACGUAACCUUGUACUGUAGUGACAGACUCUCAAAACCAACUACAGCGAAACUAAGUUUGUAAGUAAUCACGUUUAACGAUUCGAGUCUGGACAGGUACUGUAAAAACUCUGAAAAUAUUUUAUUGGCAACUUUUUAAAUGUCAAUAAAUUUUUUUUAAGAACUCCUAACUUGGGUACAUGUUCUUCAAAGAGCAUUGGUUAUUAACCUACGAGCGCAACACAUUUUAAGGCCAUGAAUCUGAGCUCAUUAACACAAAUGUCAGCAAUGAGCCGGAAAUGUCAAGAUUCGGUAAAUCUGUGAUUGUAGGAAUAAAGCCUGAGGUCUGGUUCGGCCAUUGCACAGGAUACAGCAGCAAUGCAACAUGGAUGUGAACAUGAAGCAGAGUUAUAUACAUGAAACAGUUUUACUAUUGAAUGACCAUUAAGGCUGGGCAAUAUAGCUAAAAAGAACGAUACAGUAUACAGUAGCUCUCGAAAUGCAUGUGUUUGGUCUGAAAUAGAGGAGAAGACAUGUCUAAUGUUUGUUACAGUACAUUUAUAUUUCUAUAAAUGCUGUUCCUUUAACAUUUCUUUUCAUAAAUCCUGAAAAACCAAAACAUCAACACGUUUCAACAUUGAUAAAUAAGGCAAAUAAGCAUAUCAGAAUGAUUUCUCAAAGAUCGCGUGGCAAUGAAGUCUCAGCUUUGCAUCAUUAGGAAUAAAUUAUUUUAUAAAUACAUUCAAAUAAUAAACAGUCCUUUUAAAUAGUAAUAAUAUUCCAUUUAAAUCAAAUAAAACAGCCUCGGUGAGAAUAACAGACUUCUUUCAAAAACAUUUAAAAUAUUCAUACCCGAAACAAAUAUUGCCACACAGAAAGAUGAAAAAUUGUUGUCUUGAAUUGUGAAACUUAAAGAAAUGGUUUACCUAGAAAUGAAAGUUGUGUCAUCAUUUACUCACGUAGUUGCAAGCGUGUAUGAAUUUCUUUGUUCUGCUGAACACAAAGGAAGAUAUUCUGAAGAAAGUUUGUAACCAGGCUGUUUUGGGUCACCGUUGACUUCCACAGCAGGAAAAAAAUGACUAUUGACUUUCUUCGAAAUAUCUUCCUUUGUUUUAAACAGAACAAAAGAGAUUUAUAC